UUUAUUCGCCUCUUCUAAAUAGUAUUAAGAGCAUUAAGGGCAAGAUGAAAAGAAGCCUCUCAAACCGGAUUUCAGGGUGUCACCUUUCCAAAAAAGUGCAAGCAUUCGGAAACCAAAGAGACAACUCAAAAGAUCGUCAGAGAGAAGCUGUACACCGUACUGAAGGACCACAGUACUACCAGUAGUCAACGUCUGACCCUCGUCGAAGUCGAAUGACGAAAACUGCAAAGGAAAAGAAUGCAAAGAUCUGGAACCAUUCGUAUUGUAGCCACCGCAGUACUAACUAAACUCGUAGAGGCCGCAGUAGCACUGGUUCUCUUCUCAUCAACAUCAUCUCUUUCUUUUCGCUUUCUUGAGCUGCCGUCAAACAAAAGGAGGAUAACAAUAUCCAAUCUAUUUAAUUAAUAACAGCAUCGGCAAUCCGCAUUACCUUUGUCAUUGUCAGAGGCAGCUUGUGAGGCAACCUGUUGAAUCAGAAUCGAAUCCAGAAUGAGUAGCAGUUACAGUUGCCACGGCAGCAGCUUUCAGAUCCCCCCAUCUCUGGCCAAAGAAUCCAAGGAGGUAUCCUACCACGAUUAUUCCAUCAUCAGCCCUCCCCCAUCAUUGGAUUUAGUACCUGAUAAUGGCAGGGGCACAACCCAGACGUUUCCCCGCAAGCUUCAUUAUUUGCUAGAAUACGCCAGAACCUCAAAUGAUGGUCUCCGGAAUAUUGUUUCCUGGCAACCGCAUGGCCGAUGUUUCGUGGUACACAAUAACAAGGAGUUUGUAGCACAGGUAUUACCCAAUUGGUUCAUGCAGAGCAAGAUCGCUUCAUUCCAAAGACAACUCAAUUUGUAUGGGUUCAAGAGAUUCACUACAGGAACCGAUAAGGGAGGUUACUACCAUGAAUGCUUUCUCCGCGGUCGCCCGGACCUGGUGCUACACAUCCGGCGGACAAAGGUCAAGGGAGCAGGUCACCGCAAGGCCGCCAUUCCAGGGUCCGAACCAAAUUUCUACAGGCAGUUUCCGCUGCCCGAGAAGGACCAGACGCCAUCUACGACUUCAACAAGUGCGAGCGGUGUGUUUGUCCCGGCAAUGCCCGCUGCUGCGCCACUUUCUACAGGCCUCCUCCCACAUCUACAAGAGCCGCAUCCAUCGCUGAAUCCUACUAUGCAGCAGGAACAGCUGAACCUGAUUCCUGUGCAAAACGCUCCACUGAAUCCAUUGCCAGAGCAGGCUCAACCCAUCAUUCUACAACAGGAGCAGCCACAAAUGAUACCUCUGCAAGAAUUGAUUCCUCUGCAAGAACAGAAUCAACCAAUUCAAAUGCAAGAAACAUACUCGAUGAAACCAAACCCAGCGGUGCAAUGCACACAGCUUCAGGAGAUGAACUAUUCCGCCUCUGAAUUGGACAUCUCCACGGCUCUUACCGCGUGCUGUACAGAGUGGCUCCCCCCACCAGAAGAAGACGAUGAUGAUGAUGAUGACGACACCGCUGCCACCAUGGUCACGGGUGGUGGAAGUGAUACCGACAUGAAUCUCGAUACUACACCUGGACUAUUCUCCACUCUGAAUGGAAACGUGUUCUUCGACAGUUUGGCAAGUUUGAAAGUACCAAUACCACUAACCCAAGACCACUUGGAAAAGUCCCCAGGUAACUCCCAACCAGAAAUUGUAACGGCGCCACACACAGGUCCAAUGGAGGAGGAUUUAUCAUGUAGCAAGGAAAGGAAACCAAAGGAUCUCGACUCUUCCCUGCUAUUGCUUGGGCAACAGCAGGGAUUGUUUUCCGGGCAUCAGCCUUCACCAUCACUGGCCAACACAUUCUGGUACGGGUACCAGAACCACGAUAUUAUCGUGGAUGCUUUGAGAGCGUCGGCACCGUUCUAUCCUGAAUCUGGCGGAGGUUGAGUUUGACUGCAUUGUGGUGCAAACAUUAUUGUAUUUGUUCCCUCUGUGGCUGUUACCAUCUUUUUAAAAACAUGGCCAUUGAGCAAGGCUGCUGGACUCAUUGGCUGGCUUGACUCCAUCCAAGACUGUCUGAAACAGUUCUUGUCGAACCGUAAUAAUACAUAAACAAUGCACAGCUCUAUCAUCUAACCUGAAUGGAUCGAAUCGGUAGAGUGAUCUGGGCUUUACGACCGACCGUUUCGCGCAAUAUUCUCCUCUGGGCUGUAUAUCGAAUAUAGUACAUGUAAAGUGGGGAAUCGAUAGAACACAUGUUGCUGAGUAAGCCAAAAAAUUCUCAUCUUCAUAGUGUACUUAUUGGGGGAGUUAUGGACCGUUGAAGAUAAUGACCUCCUUGCCGGCCAAUUCUUUUCACCGCACUUUAAGACCGAAUUGUUAGUUGCUCUAAGCUCUCUUCUAGUUGUUACUGUUGCUAUUG